GCCCCGGCGGAGCUCGGGAACCGUGGCCGUGCGGGGAGGGCGGCGGGUCCCUCCGCCCGGGGCAGCCGCGGCGGGCCGGGGCGGUCUGGGCAGCGUGGCGCGGUGCGGCGGGUCGGUGGCUGCCGAGGGACGCGACCCUGGGGACAGCGGCGCCGGGGACCCGGCCCGCGGGGCCCUGCGGGCCCGGCCUGGGGGUCGCCGCAGGCCCCGCCGGUCGGGUGAGGCCCCGCGGAGUGAGGGGAACGAGCGAGGCUGGCGGGGCCGUGGCCGUGCGGUGUUUGCGCUGAGAGCGCGCCGCAGCUCCGGGGACACGGCCUGCGGCAGGUGGUGAUACGUGUGAGUAUCUUCUGUCCAGUGGGAGAUUUCUUGGAGAAAAAGUAUGGCAACCUCACAGUUGUAUGAUGCAUAAGUAUAAAAAUAGUGAAGCAAAAAAUUGCCUCAUAGACAAACAUGUUGUGUUUAUAGGAGAUUCUAGGAUUCGACAGCUGUUCUACUCAUUCAUAAAACUGAUAAAUCCUCAAGUGAAAGAAGAGGGAAUUAAGCAUGGAAAUAUCCCAUUUGAAGAUAAAUCUGCUUCAAUUAAAGUGGAUUUUCUGUGGUAUCCAGAAGUUAAUGGCUCUAUGAGGCAACGUAUCAAAUCUUGGACAGAGGGUUCUGUGGCAAAACCUCAUAUAAUUGUAGUAGGAGCUGCCACGUGGUCAAUCAAGAUUCACAAUGGCAGCAACGAAGCCCUUGCACAAUAUAAAAUCAAUAUCACUUCAAUUGCACCUCUUUUGGAAAAACUAGCAAUAAGUAGUGAUGUUUACUGGGUCUUACAAGAUCCUGUUUAUGAAGAUAUGCUGAGUGAAAGUCGGAAAAUGAUCACUAAUGAGAAAAUAGAUGCUUAUAAUGAAGCAGCUGUUCGUAUUCUGCACAGCAGCUCCAGAAAUUCCAAAGCUAAAGUUAAAGUGUUCAGUGUAUCAAAACUGAUAGCACAAGAAACUAUCAUGAAGUCUGCAGAUGGCCUGCAUCUCCCUGAAUCAAGCAGAGAUACAAAUGCAAUGAUUCUUAUGAAUGUCUACUGCAAUAAAAUAAUGAAGCCCAUUGAUGGGUCCUGCUGCCAGCCUCAGCCUCCUCUCACUCUGAUACAGAAGAUAGCUUUCUGUUUUUUUACUUUGUCCAUUAUUGGAUAUUUAAUUAUCAGCUUAAUUCAUCGGAAUAAUUAUCGGAAGAACAAAUCAUGCACUGAUUUGGAAAGUGGAGAGGAGAAGAAACCUGCCAUCAGCACACCUAAUGUUUCUACUUUAGAGAUGCUCUUACACUGCUUUUGCAAACUUGGUCUAAUCAUGACCUAUUUUUAUCUAUGUGACAGAGCAAAUCUUUUCAUGAAGGAAAAUAAAUUUUACACACAUUCAUCUUUCUUCAUACCAAUCGUCUAUAUCUUGGUUUUGGGGGUAUUUUAUACUGAAAAUACCAAAGAGACUAAAGUGUUAAAUAGAGAACAGACUGAUGAAUGGAAGGGCUGGAUGCAACUUGUUAUUUUGAUUUAUCAUAUCUCUGGAGCAAGCACUUUUUUGCCUGUGUACAUGCACAUUCGAGUUCUGGUUGCUGCGUAUCUGUUUCAAACAGGUUAUGGGCACUUCUCAUAUUUUUGGAUAAAAGGAGACUUUGGUGUAUACAGAGUGUGUCAGGUUUUAUUUCGUCUCAAUUUCUUGGUUGUGGUACUGUGCAUAGUGAUGGACCGACCUUACCAGUUCUACUAUUUCGUGCCAUUAGUCACUGUCUGGUUUAUGAUCAUUUAUGCCACCUUAGCUGUAUGGCCUCAGAUUGUCCAGAAGAAAGCAAAUGGGAACUGCCUGUGGCACUUUGGUUUACUGCUGAAACUGAUUUGCUUACUGACAUGUAUAUAUUUUCUGUCAUAUUCUCAGGGUGCAUUUGAGAAGAUAUUUUCAUUUUGGCCAUUGUCCAAGUGUUUUGAACUGAAUGGGAAUGUCUAUGAAUGGUGGUUUAGGUGGAAGCUGGAUCGCUAUGUGGUUUUUCAUGGGAUGCUGUUUGCUUUUAUUUAUCUGGCACUGCAGAAACGUCAGAUGAUAUCAGAAGGAAAAGGAGAUCCUCUUUUCUCCAACAGAGUUUCAAAUGUUUUAUUAUUUAUUUCAAUUGUGUCCUUUUUGACCUACUCUAUUUGGGCUAGUAGCUGUAAAAACAAGACAGAGUGCAAUGAGCUACAUCCUUCUGUUUCUGUUGUGCAGAUUUUAGCUUUCAUCCUCAUCAGGAACAUUCCCGGAUAUGUCCGAUCUGUGUAUAGCUCAUUCUUCGCCUGGUUUGGCAAAAUUUCCUUAGAGCUUUUCAUUUGCCAAUACCAUAUUUGGCUGGCAGCAGACACAAAGGGGAUCUUGGUGCUCAUUCCUGGAUAUCCAGUGUUUAAUGUUCUUGUCAGCACUUUCAUAUUUGUGUGCGUGGCACAUGAGAUUUCUCAGAUCACUAAUGAUCUUGCACAGAUUGUGGUUCCUAAAGAUAACUCAACUCUGCUGAAAAGGAUGCUAUGCAUAGCUGGAUUUUUUUCUGGACUACACUUCUUCUCAGCAAUGCAAGAUAAGUCAAGGCAUUAACUUGGAAACUUUCUUCAGGUUUACUUUGUGUCUGCCUGAACAAAAAUUCUCAACUGGAGGUACAAGAAGACAUUUAAAUUAAGCGUGUGAAAAAUGUAUAUAGUGGAAAUGUACAUAUUUUGUGUGGAAAUAGCCUUCUCAAAUAAUCUGAGAAACAAGAGUGCACUGUACAGAAUUGCAUGUGAAAAUGAGUCUUUUCUACUGGAUGUUUGUUGCUGUUUACAUUUCUGUUGAAAGGAGACAUGAAGCAGUGCAGUGGUUGGGCAGUAUCAGGGGCACAUGACGGGAUUCAGCUGGCACCGGGCGAGCCCAUGGCGAGGGGCUGUUCAGCGCCCGCGGCACGGAACCGCCUCCGGAACCGGAGCCUCCGGAACCGCCACCCGCAGCUGAGGCAGUGAGACCAGGGCAUUGUUCUGAACAAAGUGGUAAUUUGCUGGUUAGAAAUUACUGUUUGGGGUGGAAAUAUGUUAUAAAACCCUUUAGAUGUGGAAGUAAAAAGUAAUCAUCAAUUCAGUGACUGAAGAUUAUAUACAAGUUUACAUCAAGUUUUAUGAGGGGUUUUUUAGAAAUUUAACAAGUGUUCAGCAAAUAUGAUUAAUUCUGACACAAAAUCUUUUUACAAAGAGAAUUUGUGUUUUCUUCCUAAAAUUGUUUGCUUUUUCAUAAAUUUUUCACUAGUUCAUUUAACUGUGUGUAGUUCUGUGUAUAAUCCCAGUGAACAAACAAAUGAAUAAUUUUCAGAGACUCAGUUCAAGAUGGGAAAUUUUUGGAAGACCCUCCAGGCUUUUCCAGUCAGAUGGAAUCCCAUCAUUCCCACUGUAUGAGAUCUUAGGGGAACUGUGAUCUUUGACAGUCUCCCUGUGUUUGUAGGUGACCUUGAAUUAGGUCUCAUUAGGGAACUGGUGCCAUAUUCUAUGCUGUAAUAACAUUUUCAUUUAAGAGGAUGCUAGUCAGUCUGUUGGUAUCAUGAGGAGGGAUUGAGUGGUCAGCUUUGUUGCAAGCAGAUGGUUGAGUCUCAGAAUUACAAGUGAAAUGAGAUUGGAGCUGUUUGGAGAAAGCUUUUUUCCCAUCCUUUUCAGCAGUGCCCAAUAUUUCUUACUAAUUUUUUCCUUAAGCAAAAAUCCUAUAAUUGGAAGAAAUAGUCCUUCAGUAUGGCAGUGACAAGCUGUUGUUUACAUUCUACUUAUCAGUGAAGUUAUGGACAUUUCUUGGCUGGUUGUGGGUUUGAUUCAAGUAAUAGUUUGACCUCUUUGCUUUUUCAUUUUAUUCUUCUUAUUAUUUGUUAGCUGUCAAAAAUUUGAACACAAUAUUAUUUUCCAAACAUAUGUGCAAUUAUGUAUGAUUAUAAACAACAUCAUCCUAAUUUGUACCAUAUAUACUGUCACAUGCAUGUUUUUGUUCUUAUCCCAGGUAGAACAUUGAAUUCAAUCUUGCAGCCAUGAAUGAAUGCAAAACAAAGUUAUGAAAAUAAUUAGUUCAAUUUUUAUUUUCUUGUGUGUGAUGGAGAACAGUUUCUUUCAAAGAAUGACCAGUCAUUCAUCAUAAAAAACAAAAAAGAAAUCAUUCACUUCCCCCAAAUUCAGCAGUUUUACUAAGCCUGCCAGCUGUUUUCAAGAUACUGGGCAGAUACUCAGCUGUUUGUUCUGUGUGCAUAUUGCUUCCAGUGCUUGGGAAUUUAACCUCAUCGAUCAAUACAUUUGAGUGAUCGAAUGAAAGGGUGUAGGUGGACAUUGUAGUGGGGGAUAAGCAAGCAUAACCUUCAUCUAUGCCAGUAUUAUGAGCAACAGGGAACUGUGAGCUUGAGGGAUAAUUUUUGUUUUGUUCUUCACAACAUAACUAUUGUAGAUAUAACUCUAUUUAUCUGUUGUACAGACUUGGUUAAAAGAUUUAUUUUUAAUGUUUGAAAUAAUGCACUUGUUUACUUUUACUGUAUGUGGGAUAAAUAUAUUUUCUUUUCAGGUUAUGUAAAAAUAUGAAGUAAUUUAAACAUUAAAUAAAUGUGCUGUGGAUGCUUA